AUAACAUUGUUAUAACAAUGGCUUCCGUUGCAGAGCUUCGGUCUAUGUUGACCAUUAAUAUUUUAAACGAAGGAUGUUACAAGGACCUUCCUAUCCGUGCUAUGGAAAGUCUUGAAGGAAAAGACCCCAUACUUCUCGAUGGCAAUUACGCUUCAAGAGAUGAAGCAGUUCUUAAGUGCCUCUUGUUAGGAAGAAAACUUGGAUAUGCCGUGGUGGGUGUUCAAGAUGGUGGCAUGUGUGUUGGUAGCGCCAAGGUGAAAACGUAUAAGAAAUACGGAGUAUCCCAUGAUUGCAGGGGGGAUAGGAAAGGAGGACCGUGGGCCAGUGAAGUAUACCUUAGCUUAACUAACCACAUCACUGAUUUUCUGGCCGGUGUUACCUACGAAUCUAAAGGCUGCUACAAAGACCAAGAAGCGAGAGCUAUUUCUUCUUUAGAAGGAAAAGACGUUCUUCUAAGUGAUAGCUAUACGGAGAGAGAGGAUGCUAUUCAAAAGUGUGCAGUGGCAGCCAUUAUACGAGGAUACAAAACAUUUGGAAUCCAAAAUGGUGGCAUGUGUGUUAGUGGCCCUAACGCGCACCAAACAUAUAGCAAAUACGGUGAAUCAAUGGAUUGUAAAAAUGACGGAGAAGGAGGACCUUGGGCCAAUCAGGUUUACAAUCUUGUGGGAAGGGUGGACGAUAUCUUUGAGAGUGUUCAACGCUUACAUGUUGGAUGCUUCGAUGACAUGCAAGCACAGAGGAUUCCCAGUUUAAUGCAAGAUCCUGUAUUAAACAUUACCAUUACUUCAGAUACGGAUUUUGGUGAAUCAGUUGCAGGUCUUAAGCUUAGUCAACAAGAGAACCGAUUUAACGUGAAGUGUGCAUUAGCGACCUGGAGGAGAGGACAUAAAGCAUAUGUUGUUACUGCUGACGGGCAGUGCGCCAGUGGUCCUGAUACGCACACCAACAUUGUUAAGUUUGGUUAUGGCUUAGAAGAGUGCUCAACCGUACCGGCGAACAAUAAGGCGUACCUUGUUGGUCCUAGUCCGUUUAUCCCACCCUAUGAAGAGUUACAUGUUGAGUAUGAAUCUGUUGGAUGCUAUGAAGACAGAGGAGAACGAGCUAUCGAGAAUGCUGCUUCACUUGAAUACUAUCCGUUUGGUUACUCUAUAUACUACUUCAUGAAAGGAAAUGAAAUCCAGAAGUGCGCAUUAUUUGCAAAGCUGGUUGGGUACAAGGUGUUUGCGAUUCAAAAUGGGGGGGAGUGCCUUACCAGUGCCACGGCCCAUAAAACAUACAGUAAAUAUGGUGAAUCGCAGGUCUGUAAGGGCGAUGGAAAAGGAGGACCCUUUGCCAAUCAAGUGUAUCGUUUAUCUGAGAGAAAAGGAUGAGAGCGUGUGCCAAUGAGCUUUCUAACAGUUUGUGUGGCUCAUCUUUACAAAGAAAAAUGGAAAUUACGUCAUAAUACAUGGCAAUAAAGCUCUUGUUCAAAAAACUUA